AUGGUUAUACAAAAGAAUGCCGUCGCAUUCAAAGAUACGCAGCAAGCUGGCAGCCGUCUCUUGUCAUCCGACAGCGCCAGCGAUAUUCUACCAAACCUCAUCGACAUUUCGCGCGCGUCAGAACCAGCCAGCACCAAUAAGGAGCUAGUAUUCGAUGUGCGCACGCUACAAUGCGAGAAGCUGACUCCAGACGACCAUAUCUCGCUCGAAGCCAACCGACGUGGGAUCAACGUCCGUCUCUGCGGUGCACUCAGCUUACAGUUGGCGCCGUCGCACACCCAUUCCUCCCCUAUCCCCUUGACGUCAAAUGCCCGGAAGAUCCGGCUCCUCCCAGGAGCGUCUCUCGAAGAGUUUCCCGCUGGCCUCAAGGGGUUCCUGUACUAUUGGUCGCCUCCAUCCCGCAUCACGCCUCUCGCGGGCGAAGUGCGAUUCCGCACAACAUCGAGGGCUGACCCCUCCUCGUUCACGAAGGGCGUGGACUACCACCUGCCCAUGGGCGUCGUCUGGCGCAUCCCGCUUCUCACCAUCGCGUCGACGGAGGCAUAUGAGCCGCUGCAGAAUGUUCUCCUGAGCGAACACCUUGUGACGGCGGGGAUACUGGCGCGCGCGCGUACGCUCGGAGAGGAGUACAAGCUGCAGCGGAACAUGAGCCGCGUCGUGCACUCGUUCUACCAGCCGUUUAUCGUCGACCUGUGCCAGCACACACACACGUUCUACUUCCUCGGGCCACGGGGCCUGCACCACUCGUCGUUCUGGAACUUGUGCUCUGAGAAGGGGCAGGACAUGCGGCACGCUGUGCAGCCGUUCGAAGGCAGACUGCUUUGCUGCUUCGAGCCAUCGAAGCAUCCGCGCAAUGCUCACACGCGCACGGUUGUCAUACGCAUCCUCAAGGCGUUGUCGCCCGUCGGGUACGCCAAACUCUAUGAUGGCCCGCGGAAUAUGCCGUCGCCGCGGGCGGGCGCGCUGCUGUGCUCCUAUAGCAGCACGGCGUGGUACGAGAAUCCGCCGAAGACAGCACCUUGGAGGCUAUGGAGCGUCAACGUCGACAGGUACCACAGCGAGAUGAAGGUGCUAUUCGACCACCAGGGCGUCACUCAGAGAAGCGUCUUGCCGCAGCGGCUUGGGCCCGCACCCGAGCCUUCCGCGAGGCUGUUGGAGUUUCUGACGAAGGACAUGUGAGCGCUGCGUCGUUUGGGGCGACUCCUCGGGUACGUCGCUGCCUGCGAACAUGAUGCGGUUGAGAGGAGUUAUCGACGGUACCGUGUUUUCUGUUGUAUGACUGAUGCUGCGCGUGCUGCUGAUGCCAGUUUUGUUCGUCUGUAACUCAUACGAAAUGUAUCUAUAGUUC